GCAAUGUGCAGCGUAUGCCAGCACUGGGAGUACGUGCGCUACGGGAGCGAGUGCUGCCACAAGUGCGGCGGAGCAUAUCUGGGCGGUGAUUAUCUUGAUGAAUGUGGUGAACCACGUGAGUCUGCCCAGGCAGGUGCUGCGCCUGUGCCUCCUCAUCUUCUGCGUGAGCUGGAGAAGUGGGCGGUGCACUACCCUGCGCUGGCGGCCAUUGCGAAGGACGCUGCUGCACCGCCGCCACCUCGGGUCCCUGUGUACACCGAUUGCGACCUGGACCGUAUGGCAGCCCUGGAGCAGACGGCCCUGGCGAAGGAGGUCGAGCUGGCCACCAAGCAGGAGCGUCUUGCCGCCCAGGAGGUUCAGUGGCGGUUGAAGCGGUAUAGCAAAGCCAAGGCUACGUUGGAGGAGAUGCAGCAGCACCACGUUGAGGCGGAGCGCAACUUGGAGUUGGCGCGUCAGGCGGCGGCGCGCGCUGGCAGGGCGGACGAGACGGAGCUGAGGUGGGCCGUGGGGAUCAUCAGGGCGCAGGUGCAGCGGCUGCCGCCCAUCGCCCCCCCGAGCGGCUGCAGAUGCCCCAUCGAUGACCUGCGCCACUGGUGCCAGAAGCACGGCCGCAGGUUUGAGUACUGGGAGGCCGUCAAGCAGAUGGAGCAGAGCAUCGCGGCCCCAAUGGGCGAUAUCUCGGAGGUGGGCGAAUCUUACUUUGGUGACCAUCAUCGUGAUGAAUUGGAUCAGCUUCGCAAGCGGUCACUGGAGCAGGCCCUCACCGAGCCCGAGCGGAACCAAAUGGAGACCAUCCCGGUUAAGCAGGCAGCUCAGAAG